CUCUUCAACACUCUCUAUAAAUUCUUUGCGUAUCCUAGUUCCUAAGAAGCAUUCCAUCUCCUUUUUUCUGUCCUUUUUCCAUAGUUAUCCUAAUUCUUGUCCUUCUUUGCUAAUUCAUUGUAAGAUGACGGAUAUUUAUGAACAGAGUGAUUUAAGUUCUGGAAGUCAUCAGCAGCAGCAGAGUGAUGAAGACAUCAUGGAUGUAAGGAAAGGCCCAUGGACUGUUGAAGAAGAUACUAAGCUCAUGGAAUAUGUCACCUUGCACGGCGAGGGCCGCUGGAACUCUGUUGCUCGCUGCUCAGGUCUUAAAAGAACAGGGAAAAGCUGCAGGUUAAGAUGGUUGAACUAUCUCCGUCCUGAUGUCCGACGAGGAAAUAUCACUCUCCAAGAGCAACUUCUAAUCCUCGAACUCCAUUCCCGGUGGGGAAACAGGUGGUCGAAAAUUGCGCAACAUUUACCAGGAAGAACAGAUAAUGAAAUAAAGAACUAUUGGAGGACCAGAGUUCAGAAACAGGCGAAGCAACUCAAAUGCGACGUCAACAGCAAACAGUUUCGGGACGCCAUGCGGUACGUUUGGAUGCCCCGUUUAAUGGAGCGGAUCCAGGCUUCUUCAUCCAAAUCUUCUCCGGGUCAAUCGGCCGUGGAGGCAUCGACCAACCCUGCUCGGAUGAAGGAACCCGGAUCGAGUCAGAUGGAUCCCAAUUUCAUGCCCGAAUUAUCCGGGACUUCGUCGGAGUCUCUUGAUACCCCAAUUUCAUCCCAGUCGGACCUGACGGUGGAGUACGGCCGCAACCCACAACAGGGGAUUGAUUAUGGGGACAAUCUACGGAGUGGGUCGGGUUGGUUAUCCCCGGAGGAUUUGGUAGGUAAUUGGAGUGUAGACGGGUUUGGUUUUCCGGCUGCGGCGGAGGAGGUGAUGAGCGGCGAUGAUUGGUUGGGGGAAUGGAAUGUGGAGAAUAUUUGGUUGCAGCUUUGUGAAUAGUGAGCUAAUGACAUUACGUGUCUGCUUACGUUACGUCUCAAGUUGCUUUAGACAAUUUGUGAUUCUAGAAAUACUUGAAUUAUUGGAUAUAUAUUUUUGGAAAGGAAAUUAGAGAGCUGUAUAAUUACAAGUAACUCCACAACUUUACAAAUUAGAUAUAAUUGAAAUAAUUUGAAAUUAAAUUU